AUGCAGAACAGUACAAGUGAACCACAACAACAUGAAGAGGUUGAAAUGACUCUAAUUGAGAUGGAUACUACUCAAAAUGAUAUGCAAGUUUCUCCUACUGAUGUUGAAUCUAGUAGUGCAGGGGAUUUUAGUCAUUAUAUGCAAUUUACUCCACCUAGAUGUUAUGAAAGUGAUGAGGGUGUUAUGGGUGAGGAAGCUGAUGUGGUUGAGGAAGUUGUUGUGGUUGAGCGAGCUGUUCAAGAUGAGGAGGAUGAGAAGGUUGAUCCUGUUAUCCAAGUUGAUAAUGUAAAUGUUCAGGAGGUUGAUAAGGUUAAUCCUAAUGCCCAAGUUGAUAAUGGUAAUGUUCAGGAGGUUGCUCCUGUAAGUCAAGUUCAACAGGUUAGUGUUAGGCCAAUUUCAGAAAUUUUGAAGAGGAUAAGGAGAAGAAAGUCAGAGAGAAUAUUGAAGCUGAAAUUAGGCAAAACAAUUGGUGGUGUUGAUGAUCCAGGAAAUUCGAAGGGAAAAGCUCUUGUAAUUGAUUAG